CCUAUUUCAUGGAAAGAAUUUGCCAACAUCCACCCUUUUGUACCCUUGGAUCAAGCUCAAGGAUAUCAGCAGCUUUUCAAGGAUUUAGAGAAGGAUCUAUGUGAGAUCACUGGCUAUGACAACAUCUCCUUCCAGCCAAACAGUGGAGCCCAAGGAGAGUAUGCAGGCUUGGCUGCAAUCAAAGCUUAUUUAAAUGCAAAAGGAGAACGUCACAGAACCGUUUGCCUUAUUCCUAAAUCUGCUCAUGGUACAAAUCCAGCAAGUGCACAAAUGGCAGGGAUGAAGAUUCAGCCAGUUGAAGUGGAUAAAAAUGGGAGCAUUGAUAUCUCUCAUUUAAAAGCAAUGGUGGACAAGCACAAAGAGAACUUGGCAGCCAUCAUGAUCACAUACCCUUCCACCAAUGGUGUGUUUGAAGAGGCGAUUGGAGAUGUGUGUGACCUGAUUCACAAACAUGGAGGCCAGGUUUACUUAGAUGGAGCAAAUAUGAAUGCCCAGGUGGGUCUGUGUCGUCCUGGGGAUUACGGCUCUGAUGUCUCCCACUUAAACCUCCACAAAACCUUCUGCAUUCCCCAUGGAGGAGGAGGACCUGGAAUGGGACCAAUUGGAGUGAAGAAACAUUUGGCUCCGUACUUGCCUACCCAUCCUGUCAUCAAAAUACAGCCGGACAAGGAUGCAUGUCCUUUGGGUACUGUCAGUGCUGCACCUUGGGGUUCCAGUGCUAUAUUGCCCAUUUCAUGGGUGUAUAUCAAGACAAUGGGAGCAAAGGGUCUGAAACAUGCUUCCGAGAUUGCUAUACUAAAUGCAAACUACAUGGCAAAGAGGCUAGAGAAGCACUACAAAAUCCUUUUCAGAGGAGCAAGAGGUUAUGUAGCCCAUGAAUUCAUUUUGGAUACAAGACCUUUCAAAAAAACAGCAAACAUUGAAGCUGUAGAUCUUGCUAAGAGACUUCAGGAUUAUGGUUUUCAUGCUCCAACCAUGUCCUGGCCUCCAACCAUGUCCUGGCCAGUGGCAGGGACACUUAUGAUUGAACCAACAGAGUCUGAAGACAAGACAGAGCUGGACAGAUUUUGUGAUGCAAUGAUCAGCAUUCGGCAGGAAAUUGCUGAAAUAGAGCAGGGCAGGAUGAACCCCCAAAUUAACCCACUAAAGAUGUCACCACAUUCUCUGAACUGUGUCACUUCUUCCAAGUGGGAUCGUCCUUAUUCCAGAGAAGUGGCAGCAUUCCCACUGCCAUUUGUGAAGCCUGAAAGCAAGUUUUGGCCCACAAUAGCUCGCAUUGAUGACAUAUAUGGAGAUCAACAUCUGGUUUGUACUUGCCCACCAAUGGAAGCCUACGAAUCUCCCUUUUCUGAACAGAAAAGAGCAUCUUCGUAGGACUGCUUCCAGCUGCCUGGGUUUCUGAGUCCACCAGGAUGGCCUUUUCCUCUCAGACCUGAUAGGGGAUUUAUAUACUGUGUAUAUUUUGGAUAAUCACCAUGUUUGUUAAUUGAAUCACUGCUCAGUUACAAUGUAAAUACAAUCAGUACAUUAGAUGUAAACAAAUUGUGGUUGUUCCACAGCAGUUGAUGUUGGAAGUUGCCUUGAUUCAGCAUUUUGUCUGUUUGUGCUGAAGUUUUAACAAUUAACACCCAAUUUGCAAAGUGGCAUGGAAGAUAUGGUUAAAAAAAAAAGAAGAAAAAACGCAGAUGCAUAAGGCAAUAGUAAUGAAUAUUAACUGCAGGAGUAAUUUUUAUAUUUUGUAAAAAGAUUAAGUAGGUAGUUUUUUUAAUUUUCUUAACAUAUUACACUAGCAUUGCUGGUGUUAAUAUUUCAUAUUGUUUUUUACCUACCAAUGUUAGCACUCUAAUAAAAUUGGUCAGAAUUUUAAGUGU